CAAAUGUGCAUCAUAGGGGAUAAAUGGGCCAUAAAGUGACCUGAGGCUGGGAUGUCCUGCAAAGGAAGUGCAGAGGGAUGCAGUGUUUAAUCAAGUGAAGAUCUGUGGGCGAGAGAGGAGAACUUUUCAAAAUAAUGUGUUCUGAACGCUUUCUCACCCCAGGGAGCAACACCACAUUCAUGAUGGUGAAAUUAAGGUUAUAUCAACAGAGAGAUAAAAGAUUUUAACCUUUAUGGUGGUUUUAACCCUGGGUGAUGUUUUUUAGGUUGUAUAUUUCACAAAUGUAAAUAAAUUAUACAAAAGUUCUUAAAUAGCUUCAUUGCAUGCAAUGCCGCUAAAGAAGCAUAUUGGUUCCACAAAGAACCUUCUGGUCAAAUCGUCUUAAAACAAACAGAUCUUCAUAAUCCGCAGAAUGUAUUUUCACAACAGCAAACCUUUCUGCAAAACAGUAGUCCUUUGGAUGUUAAGGGUUGUUCAUUGAGCCAAACAGCCCGACAAAGCCUUUAGGGAGACUACACUAACCAGAAACAAUAAUACAACCAAUGCUGUGAUUAUUUUGUAGAAAUGCAUAGGUGUUAAAACAGUAAACAUUAUGUUGUUGAACUUGAGCUUUUUAACUUGAACCUUUGAGCAAAUGUGUCAAAGAAGCAUGGAGAAAGAGAGAUCUUUGGCAAUAUUAUCUGGGUUUAAUACUUUGAGGUGUCGGUUGAUUUUGCAUAUUGAUAUAUUGUGUCUCACAAAACAUCAUGCCUGGAGGUCACACACACACACGGGCAUCUGAUGAUGCACACAUACGUUGCACGUGCCCUCUCCCUCUUGCAAUCUUUUUUGGUUUAUAUCCCAUCUUCCCUUACCUUCGCGUCCAACCAGAAUCGCGCCACACCGUUUUAGAGAGCAAUCAGGUGGCACCAACUUCAAGACGAGCUCUCUACAGCAUCAUUUUCACAACCCCAUCGAGGAUGUUCCGAUGUACUCUCCAAAUCCUACCCUGUGCACGAACGUUAAAAAUGUGACAACACAGAGGUCAACCUUUACCUGCAAGGGCAUUUUACGAGGCUGAGAGAUGAGUUUCACGCUCCCCAAAAGCGAAUCGACGACCUCUUUGCUGCGAUCCUCCGCACCGACCAGGAGAGCUGCUCAGCAUCCAGAGCAUCCCGGAGCCCGUCGGAUACAGCAUCCGCGUUCAGCGGCAGCGUCCGCAGCAUCCGGAGCCGAGACCGUACUAGAGGAGUCGUUUUGGACGGCGGAUUGCGAUGCGAGCUCUCGGAGACCCCUGUGUCAUCCCUCUCUGGUCGGCAAACGGAAUAGCGCAGAGAAGAGCCACCCACAGCACUCCCACUCGCACGGACGCGCUCUUCCCACGGCGCGCAGCCAGGAGGACCUGUCGGAGCUCCCAGGUGGAAGAGAGCGCAAGACAUCCAAACGACACCAUCAUCACCACCACCACCAUCAUCACCAUCAUCAUCACCGAAACCGGUCCACCCGGGACGACAUGCCCCAAGAGCCCCUACCCAAACACUCUCACGCCGCUCGCACGCCGAACAGGACUCAGUCUUUCUCCGAAUGCAGGGACGAAACGGCACUGUUUUUUGAGUCUCCCCGGCUAGACCGUGCUCGACCGGUGUCGACAACGAGCAGAGAGGCGCGUCCACCCUCCACUGCCUCAUCCUCACCGGUACCGGCGUCCUCCAGCCGCUCAUCCCGGAGGUCGGAGAGGUCCAGCGCAGCAUCUUCUGAGGCGGACUUAAAUCUGCGCCCCUUCCUCAACUCUGUGUUCGGACAGAAUCGAGAGUUGAGACCCGAGGAGAUUGAUGAGUUGCGAGAAGCUUUUAAGGAGUUUGAUAAAGAUAAAGAUGGUUUCAUCAGCUGCAAGGAUCUCGGAAACUGCAUGAGAACUAUGGGCUACAUGCCCACCGAAAUGGAACUAAUCGAACUGAGCCAACAAAUCAACAUGAAUCUAGGGGGCCAUGUGGAUUUUGAGGACUUUGUUGGAUUGAUGGGACCCAAACUCCUUGCCGAAACUGCAGACAUGAUUGGCAUUAAAGAGCUGAGAAAUGCCUUCAAAGAGUUUGACACAAAUGGAGAUGGAGAGAUAAGCACAGGGGAGCUGAGAGAAGCUAUGAGGAAACUGCUGGGACAACAGGUUGGUCAUCGUGACCUGGAGGACAUACUGAAGGAUAUUGAUUUGAAUGGAGAUGGCAGAGUAGACUUUGAAGAAUUUGUUCGCAUGGUAUCCCGCUGAAAGGGUUUUUAUGGUGUCCGCAAUACAAGAAAGUGAGAUUCUGAGCUGCUUCCUGCUGGUCAAAGCAGACAGAGUAUUAGACUAUUGCAAGAAAAGCCUUGCUGAGCCUGUGUUUUAAUAUACAAAAACUGAAAACUGGACUUUGUGGGGGGAAAGCUUAUAAACAUUCAUGCAUGUACACACUCAAAGUUUACAUAGUAUACUGUAGCUAAGAGUCUCUGCACUUUCAACCAUGCAAGACCAAACAAUAUGUUUUACUUGCACAUUUAAAGGGUGGGGGUAUCAUUAAUAACGGCAAUAUUAAAUUAUGUGUUGUCCCGUCACAUAUACUGUAUGUGUCUUAAAUAAUCAUUGUGUGUUUAAGGUCGCACUGUUGUUUCUUAACGUUUUCUUUUUUUAUAUCAUUUAAAGGAAUAAAUGCAUUAACUUGGCAAUAUGGUAAGUCAAGCAAUGCCUAACACAACUGUGAGCCAAAAUGACAUUCAUUACAUAAAUAGCAUAACAAACAAUUUGCCAGUUUUUUUCUUUGUGUGUGGCAUUAAAAUAACUACAUACCACUGUGCGACUUAAUUAACAAAAAAAAUAAACCACAUUUAAGAAAUCAUUUUAUGUUCCUGGGUAGAUGCUUGCCCUUAAAAUGUUAACACAUAACUGAGAUAUUUCUAAGUUUAGAAUUGAUUGACCAGAUUUACUAUUUUGAGUUGUCAUGACAUACUUGUUGAGGCAACUCAUUUCUAGAGCAAUCACAGUCUACAUUGGUCUACUUGAAGUAAUCAGAGUAUACAGUCUCAUCUGUCAGCAUCUGAUCGCCACAUAGAGAAACAGACGGUGAAGAUUUAUUUAUUUCAUUCUCUUAGUGUCUGUUUGUGUGAUGUGUGUCAGACAUCAAUAGUCUUAAACUGUAUUCUGACUCAUUGCAUGCCAAAAAGACCUUCAUAUGGAAUGUAUUGGUUUUAAUACCUUGUAACAA